GGCGCGUCUGUGGGUCGCGGACAGCCCGGCUGCCCCCGCCUCCUUCCGUCGGAUCCUUGCUCUCCCGCGGCUGCGCCGGCUCGGCCGCCCCGGAGACAAAGCACCGCCACCGCCGCGGCCGCCGCAACCGAGCGGGUCCCGGGCCAUGGCCGGGCCGCCCGUCCCGCCGCUGCUGCUGCCGCCGCCCUAGGCCGCGCCGCGAGGUAAGGCGGGCCUGGUUGGGGGGACCUUCGGGCGGACCCGCGAGGGUACGCGGGACUGGGCUUGGGCCGCCAUGGGCCUCGGGGUCCCCCAGCCGUAUGGAGAGACCUCUGCUGGGGAUAUGUCCACUUGCGAUUCCACGCCAGUUGUUAUUUUCCCAUGAGGGAUCCCAGCUGCGGGGGACGAACUUGGCCGAUGACCUUCCAGACCUUUUAAAAGACCUCCGCCGUUGGGGAAACUCUGCGGAGUAGCGCUCCUCUUGGUUCCCAGAUUCUGCCGUUGACCACCUCAUCCAGGGCUCUGGCUGUCCUUUAAGGAAAACACCACACACAAAAGGACAGAGGGCAGCUCGGAGCAAUGGCCUGGGAUGGAGGUCCUGGCGUUCCUGUGGCCCCUGCCCAGGGCAGCGCUGGAGAGGAGCUGCUCAGGGUUCUCAGCACGUUUUUCUGCCUGUACCUUCCACACCCUCUCCGACAUGCCCCCUCCUGGGGGGCACUGGUGGCAGCUGGAUCCAACCCCAGCACCUGUGGUUCUGGCUUCUUUCCUUGAAGUUUUUGAGCACCAACUACAUGCCAGGCACUGGAAUUCAGACAAAGAACCUCUGCCCUCCUAGAGCAGGCAAAAAUGACCCAGAUGUGGAAACAGAGGCCCAGAGAGGCUUAAAACUUGCCUGGGGUCAUACAGCCUGGACACUACAGAGCUGACAUUUGAACCCAGAGAAGAGCAAGCCGAAACCAGAACUGGGCAGAGGGCAGGGAAGUGAGCAGUGGCCUGAGAGGCCCCGCGCCCCCAGGCCCUGCCGCCGCCAUGAAGCUGAACGAGCGCAGCCUGGCCUUCUACGCCACCUGCGACGCGCCGGCCGACAACGCGGGCUUCCUGUACAAGAAGGGCGGCCGGCACGCGGCCUACCACCGCCGCUGGUUCGUGCUGCGCGGCAACAUGCUCUUCUACUUCGAGGACGCGGCCGGCCGCGAGCCCGUGGGCGUCAUCAUCCUGGAGGGCAGCACCGUGGAGCUGGUGGAGGCGGCCGAGGAGUUCGCCUUCGCCGUGCGCUUCGCCGGCGCCCGGGCCCGCACCUACGUGCUGGCCGCCGAGAGCCAGGCCGCCAUGGAGGGCUGGGUGAAGGCGCUGUCGCGGGCCAGCUUCGACUACCUGCGGCUGGUGGUGCGCGAGCUGGAGCGGCAGCUGGCGGCCGUGCGCGCGGGCGGAGGCCCCCUCCCGCCCAGCCGGCCCCGCGCGCUCGCGCCCAAGGAGAACGGCUGCGCCGUCUGGAGCGCCGCGCCCCCCGCCGCUGCCGCCCCCUCCGGGCUCCGCCCCGAGCCCCCGCCCCCGCCGCCCCGCCGGAGGGCCUCGGCGCCCAACGGGCCUCUGGACUCGGCCUCCUUCGCCCAGCUGCACGAAUGGUACGGGCAGGAGGUCAGGGCGCUGAGGAGCCAGUGGCUCAGCGGCCAGGCCCAGCCCUGAGGAUGGGGGUGAGGACCGGAACCGAGGGGAAGCGCUCAAGGCCAGCCUGGAGGUCCGCAGGGGUCCUGGUUCUGGUGCCACUCCAGCCCCAGGCCCUGCUCUGGCAGGCCCGGCCCUGAGACCCUGGCGUUCCUGGUCCUGAAGGAAAUUGUGGUCAGGGUCAGCCCUGAGGCCCCUGUCUGGCCUGCUUUUGGAGACUCGCGCUCUGAGAAGAUGCUGGGUUCUGAGGGGUGCUUUGGGACCUCUAAUUCAGAGAAAGCCCAGCCUUGAGGGAGCCAUCGUGCCUGAUUCUCAGGAGAAUUCAGGCCCUGGAUGAUCCUCAAGCAGCCAGAGGGCUGGUUUUGUGGGAACUGUAGCCCCAAACCCGGCCCCUCAGCUGCUUUGCUCACCUGUCUCAAAUCACCUAGCAGAGGCUUGUUGCUGGCAACAGGACUCCGCUAGGGUGACUGGGACCUGCGAGGAUCUGUGGCCUGGUAGGCACGUGCCCAGUCAGCACUGGUCCAGAGGCUCCAGACUGGGCCUCACGUGGACAGGAGGCUGGGCUGUGCUACAUCACACCAGGGCCUGACCUCCUUUUGCUCCAAGGCCUGGCUGCCUGCCUUCCUCCAUAGGCAGCAGGUACAGAAAGGCGGCACAGGCGCGGGUUUUCAUGUGUGACCAGUAUCGUGAGAUCGCCUGGCCUCCAGGGCUCCUGGCCUGGAGGGAGGCCGAGGCAGGACUUUUCCCUGGGCCAGGACUUGAGGUGGUGCUCCUGGGACAGUAGUGGCCUCUGGCCUUGGGCCAUGUCUGUGUUGCUAUGGCAGCUCUCCCACUCUCGCAGCACUCCUUAACCACAUCCUCUUCCUUCUUCCCAAGCCAGCUCUUCCACCCCUGGCCUGGGGCGGGGCCUCUCAGGAGCUCGCCUGACCUUGUGCAGUCCUGGGCUGCGCAGCCAUGGCCUGAGCUGACUUUCCAGCAGGUUCCCCUGGGGAGGAGGGGCCAUGAGCUGACUCAUAGCCCAGAAAGGGCCCAGGUGCCAAUCCGAUAGGGGUGAAGAAGCAGCUGCAGAGCCAUGCUUGGCUUCUAGACUCCUCUCCCUCCAUCACAGCCCCUCUCUGAACUCACAGACUCAGCCCCCCUCUCACCCACAAUAUUCUGAGAGGGAGACCAGGUCUUGCUUUGCUUUGAGACCAACUUCUGUUUUACUGUUUUUCACUCACCACAGUGGCCAUUCUUCAUUCAGGGAGACUCUAGGGGGGCUGGGGCACUCCCAGCCCUCAAGCUGGGUCAUGUUUACAGUCCUCAGUGCCCCAAAAUUGGGACCCCCUGAGGACCACCCCACCCUAAUCUUUAUUUCCCCAGAGGCUCCCUCUUGGUGACAGACAGACUCGGCCCUGAGCCCCUUCCUGCUGCCUUUGGAGACCUCGGGGCUUGGGAAGAACGGGGGGCUGUCUGUGUGUCUGCAGUCAGCAGCUCACUGCUGGCUCAGUUGACUGGAGCGUCCGUUUUCAUUUAAUUUUAAUACUGAAGGUGGUUUUUUCCCCCAGCAACAAAGCUUGGUGUUUUCACGGCUUUUGUUUCUUUUUGGCUAGUGGGAAGGGAUAGGGCGCCCUGGUUUUGGGCUUGGCCAGUGGGGGAGGCGGGGAUAGUUGGCACUGCCCCCAAGGAGAGGGCAAGGAGCCUUGGCUGGAGACAGAGGAACCUCAAGAAUCUCACCUGGUCCUUUGCCUUCUCCCUGGCAAGCCCUGCUCUCCUGCACGUGCCUCUGUGGGCCUUGGUAUACUUUCCAUCCCUCACUUCCCCAGGUCCUGAGCGAUGGGGGUGGGGAUGGUAGCUCUCCGUCCAUAGGCUCUGGGUCUCAGGGGGUGUUAGGGACUGCCCAGUGCCCAUGUCCUGGCCAGACCCACCUCGUGUGGUGAGGGGUUGGCCCCAGUCCUGGUGUAGGUUUACAAGCUCUAAAGGUACAAUCUCCCCCCACCCACCCCCAAAGCACAACAUGGGGUCAGGCUGCCUCCAGAGUUGGGCAGGGGAGAGAUUAUCAGGUAGCCUGGGAGAGGAAUAUAAAAGCUAAAAUAAAAUAAACGUUUAUCAAGUAAUGGCUGGUUUUAUCAU